CUAACGCAGGACACGUUGACAAUUAAACAUGAGCUGAGUGGCACAAACUUUUUCAUAUUUUGUAAAUGAUUUUUUUCACUGCACUUCUGAUGCAGUGAGUGGGUUCAUGAAGAGUUUUCCCCCUGUACAAGGACUGCAUUUGUUGGCAUGAGAGAUAAAGAGAAUGGCUUGAAGCGAAAGGAGAGAUUUACUGAAGAAUGCACAGAAGUGGAUUGCAAAUGAAGAUUUCUACUGUCUGCAAAAUAUGAAGACGGCAAGCAAAUGGAUAGUUCGGGACAAGCUCCUAAUAUAGAUCUGCUGCUCUGGAAUAACAUGAAGGGAGUCGUUAUGGAUUCUUGCCCUGCUCAUGGCUGACAAAGAUGCAGGCUUGAGUCCCUCCUCGAGACUUCACCUUUAGGAAGACUUCUAAACCUGGGAUUUACUGUGGACUCGGGAUUCCAGUGUCUCGAGGAUGCUUGUCACGGAUGUGUUAUGGUGCGAAGCUGGAUUGAUCGUAUUGCUUUAAUCCACUUGUAGCCUCCCCCUACCCCCACCCCAUGUCAGAUCUUCCCUAAAUUAUGGAAAUUUUUUGGAAGACGCUGACUUGGAUAUUUAGCCUGGUCUUGGCCGCUGCUGAAGCUCAGAUCCUUUCGUAUAACUCUCAAGCGGAAUUCCUGUCCACGCUGGAGCACUAUCAGCUAACAGUACCAGUGCGGGUGAACGAGAAGGGCCAGUUCAUGAGUUACACUGUGAAGCAUUACAGGCCUGGUCGGCGGCGACGUGGACUGGACCAGACUGAGCUGGACCACACAGAGACCAGGCUUUUUUACAAACUCUCAGCCUAUGGCAAGCACUUUCACCUGAACCUGACACUCAACCCCAACCUGGUUUCUAAACAUUUUACAGUAGAGUACUGGGGCAAAGACGGACUAGACUGGCAGCAUUCAGUGGUGGAUAACUGCCACUUUGUUGGAUACCUAUUGGAUCAAUAUAGCACUACUAAAGUGGCAUUGAGCAACUGUAAGGGCUUGCAUGGUGUCAUAACCACAGAGGACGAGCAAUAUUUAAUAGAGCCAUUAAAAAAUAUAUCCAGAGAUUUCAGUGAUGUCAACCACGAAGGACAACCACAUGUUAUUUAUAAAAAGACAUCCAUUCCUUCUCCGCAAGAGCCAAGCGAGGAGUUCAGCUGUGGUGUUUCAGACCUCACAGUGAACAGGACACACUUCUUCAAUACCAAUCCUAAAGUAAACCCAGCUUUCCAAGUCCCAGGUGCCCACCGUCAACGCCGUUCUGUCAGUUCUGAACGCUUUGUUGAGACUCUUGUCGUGGCCGACAAAAUGAUGGUUGGGUACCACGGGCGCAAAGACAUCGAGCACUACAUCCUGUCUGUAAUGAACAUUGUUGCCAAACUUUACCGUGAUGCCAGUCUUGGAAACGUUGUGAACAUUAUUGUAACUCGACUGAUUGUUCUGACAGAAGAUCAGCCCAACUUGGAGAUAAACCACCAUGCAGACAAAUCUCUAGACAGCUUCUGUAAAUGGCAGAAAUCCAUUCUUUCUCAUCAGGGAGAUGGAAACAGUAUCCCGGAGAACGGGAUCGCCCAUCACGACAAUGCUGUUCUCAUUACAAGGUAUGACAUCUGCACCUACAAGAACAAACCCUGCGGUACCCUCGGUUUGGCGUCCGUUGCAGGAAUGUGCGAGCCGGAGAGGAGCUGCAGCAUUAAUGAAGAUAUAGGUCUUGGUUCGGCCUUCACUAUUGCACAUGAGAUCGGACACAACUUCGGCAUGAAUCAUGAUGGGAUCGGAAACUCCUGCGGGACCAAAGGUCACGAGACAGCCAAACUGAUGGCGGCCCAUAUCACCGCCAACACCAAUCCCUUCUCCUGGUCGGCCUGCAGCAAGGACUACAUCACCAGCUUUCUAGACUCAGGUCGGGGAACGUGUCUGGACAAUGAGCCUCUGAAACGAGACUUCCUGUACCCCACUGUGGCUCCAGGGCAGGUGUACGAUGCAGAUGAGCAGUGUCGUUUCCAGUACGGAGCCUCCUCCCGCCAGUGCAAGUAUGGGGAAGUGUGUAGAGAGCUCUGGUGCCUUAGCAAAAGUAAUCGCUGUGUCACCAACAGUAUCCCGGCCGCAGAAGGAACCCUGUGCCAGACUAACACCAUUGAAAAAGGGUGGUGUUAUCAGGGUGAAUGUGUGGCGUUUGGGAUGUGGCCGCAGAGUGUGGAUGGCAGCUGGGGCCCGUGGACAGCCUGGGGUGAGUGCAGUCGAACCUGCGGUGGCGGCGUCUCCUCGUCCAUGCGACACUGUGACAGCCCAGCGCCGACAGGCGGAGGGAAGUACUGUCUCGGGGAGAGGAAGCGCUACAGAUCGUGCAACACAGAUGCUUGUCCAGAAGGAUCACGUGACUUUAGGGAGAAGCAGUGUGCCGAUUUUGACAGCUUGCCUUUCCGUGGGAAGUACUACAACUGGAAGCCGUACACUGGAGGUGGAGUGAAACCGUGUGCUUUGAACUGUCUGGCUGAAGGCUAUAACUUCUACACUGAGCGCUCGCCUGCUGUCAUUGAUGGCACGCGCUGCCAAGGUGACUCGCUCGACAUCUGCAUCAACGGAGAGUGCAAGCAUGUUGGCUGUGAUAAUAUAUUGGGCUCAGAUGCCAAGGAGGACAGAUGCCGUGUGUGUGGAGGAGACGGCAGCACGUGUGAGCUCACCGAAGGCCUGUUCAACGACUCACUGCCCAGAGGAGGUUACAUGGAGGUUGUUCAGAUACCAAAAGGGUCGGUUCACAUUGAAAUCAGGGAAGUGGCCGUGUCAAAGAACUACAUUGCUUUGAAAUCGGAGGGCGAUGACUAUUACAUCAACGGAGCCUGGACCAUCGACUGGCCUCGCAAGUUUGACAUUGCAGGAACAGCAUUUCACUACAAGAGGCCGACAGAUGAACCUGAAUCACUGGAAGCUCUAGGGGCCACCACGGAAAAUUUGGUGGUUAUGGUGUUACUACAAGAACAAAACCUGGGCAUUCAGUACAAGUUCAAUGUGCCCAUCCAGCGUACAGGAAGCGGGGACAAUGAAGUGGGCUUCUCCUGGCACCAUCUGCCUUGGUCUGAGUGCUCCACUACAUGUGCAGGAGGCUCGCAGAAGCAGGAGGUGGUGUGUAAAAGACUGGAUGACAAUUCGGCGGUCCAAAACAGCUACUGCGAUCCGGACAGCAAACCGCCAGGGAACCAGAGACCGUGUAACACUGAACCGUGCCCUCCAGAAUGGUUUAUUGGUGACUGGUCAGAAUGUGGGAAAACCUGUGAUGGAGGGAUCCGGACACGUAGUGUUCUGUGUAUCCGUAAAAUCGGGCCUGCCGAGGAAGAGACUCUGGAGGACAGCCACUGUCUGACUCAUCGGCCAAUAGAACAAGAGUCUUGCAACAACCAGUCCUGCCCACCUCAGUGGGUGACACUGGAUUGGUCUGAGUGCACUCCAAAAUGUGGUCCUGGCUUCAAGCAUCGGAUUGUGCUUUGUAAAAGCAGCGACCUGACCAAAACCUUUCCACCAGCCCUCUGUUCUGACCAUAGCAAACCUCCGGUCCGCAUUCGCUGCAGCCUCGGCCGCUGUCCUCCACCACGCUGGAUCCCUGGAGAAUGGGGACAGUGCUCUGCUCAGUGUGGACUAGGACAGCAGAUGCGGACGGUUCAGUGUUUGUCUUACACAGGACAGCCCUCAAGCGAAUGUCUGGACUCACUGCGGCCCAACACCAUGCAGCAGUGUGAAAGCAAGUGUGAUGCUACACCCAUCUCUGGUGGCGACGAGUGCAAAGACGUAAAUAAGGUGGCAUAUUGCCCAUUGGUGCUGAAGUUCAAGUUCUGCAGCCGUGCGUACUUCAGACAGAUGUGCUGCAAGACGUGCCAAGGACACUGACCCUGUGGAGAGAAGCAGAGACAGAUGCUGCAACAAUGAAAGAGAGAGAAAACUGGCAGAGGGAAAAGCAGACCAGUGUUGCAUGAUUCAACACUGGGCAUGGAGAAGGAAGCCUUUCUCUCGCUUAUCAACACACACACAAUCACAUACACAACUGCUUUUAGCCCUGUGGAAGCCAAACCACUGCUCAGCAUUGCGCUGACACCUGUUUUAUUUUCACUUCUGUGAAGUGGGAAUGUAAAAUAUGAUCAUUAUUGUUGUUAUUUUAAUAAUAAUAAUAAUAAUUGCUAUUGGUUAUUAUUAUUAUCAAUGUCUUUCUGUUGUUAUAAUCCAAAGUGCUGGACACAACACUCACAGAAGUAAAAUGGCAAAGGUUUACUUCAAGACACCCACCUAUAGGAAAUCGGGCAUUGAUAUUUCUCUGGGUCUUGAAUGCAUAUUGCUUUCACAGUUCUGUAGGCAACUCUGCAUUUGAACCAACAGUGGUUGCUCAUGCAACAUUGGAGCAAGUGGAAGUCAUUGGUUUUCUGUAAGAGUGGUCAAUUUAAGACACAUUGAGUACCAAAGUCUGUCGAUGGGAGACCUCAAACGGAAAGAUUCUAAGCAUUGGACUUAGAAUUGCUUGGUGACCACAAUGUGAACACCCCUUUUAGGAUAUAACGAUUAGCAAAAUUCAAAUAAUUGGAUAUCUUCAACCCUGGAGAACCACAGUCCUGCUGGAGGGCUGCAUUACAACCCUAUUCAAAAAAAGGUUUAAUCAAGAUCUAAGGCAGAGGUCACCAAACUUGGUGUCCUGCAGAGUUUAGCUCCAACUUUCCUUAACACACCUGCCUGGAAGCUUUUGAGUAUAUCUAAUCAAGACCUUGAUUAGCUUGUUCAGGUAUUUGAUUAGGGUUUAAAGUCCUCCAGGAUGGAUUGUGGUGACCCCAGGUCCAAGGGUUACUAAAAAGCUACAGGCAGGUAAGUUUUUAUAAAGGCUGGAUCAAAACUCGGCAGGACUGUGCCUCUCUUGUAUUGAACUCGCCCAUUCCUGGUAUAGCUCAGGGGGUAGUCAAUGCUGGUCUUGGAAACACACCUUUCUGCAGACUUAAGACUACCUGCCUGUAAUUUUAACUAAACUCUGUAGGAUGGUAGCUCCUGGAAAUGAUUGAAUUUACAUUUGAAAGAGAGUUACGUUGCUGCACAUUUCAGCUCUAACCCUGGUUUAACUCACCUGGUUGUAAUUUCCAAACAACCCUGGACAGAUUGGUGUUUCAGGUGUGUUUGACUGGAGUUGGAUCUAAGAAUAAGCAGUUAGAGACGCCUGAUACAGAUCAAGGUUGUCUAAAGGCCUGGUUAUAUUACUACAUGUACAGCUAUGUCCAUGGAGCUUAAAGUAUGCUCAAGUGUGGCUGAAUGGGUUCCACAAAUACACAGUAUUAUUGGGUGGACUGUUUGAACAGUCAACUUGUGACUGACAAACACUUCUAAUAACAAAAACUGUCACAAAGGUAUGUUCAUUGUUCUUGAAAGUGGAUGAAUGAAGUAUAAAUACUCAAUCCUACUUUAUUAGGGUGUCUGUCCUACGGAGCUCUAAUCUCCACAAACACACUUGCAUGGAAUAUUCCAUUAAUCCUGAAGUCUUUGAUUGGCUAGGACAGAUGUGUUUAGUUGAAGUUAGAGCUCUGCAAGACAGUGAUCUUCUGGGACAUUGGUCACCAAGCUUGUUUCUGGAGGGCCAGUGUCCUGCAGAGUUUAGCUUCAACCUCAAUCAAACACACUUGAUCAAGCUAUUCAAGGUCUUACUGGGUAGAUUGAAACUUCUGGGCAGGUGUGUUUAGACAAGUUGAAGCUAAACUCUGAAGGGAGAGUUUAGAGAUUGGUGACCCCUGCUCUGUGAUAUGGAUUGGACAACCAUGGUAUAGAUGGCUAGAGCAAAUGUUUGUCCGACUAUUUGGAUGGCGCUAUACAACAUACAACGUGGUUUUGUUGAAAUCAGUAACUUGGAAACGCUGAAUUUAUUCUUUCACUUGGUAGACAUUUUUAUUUAAAACCGCUUACAUUGCAUAUAAGGUUUGCAAUCCUUGACAUUGGCGUUGCUAUCUCCAGGCUCCACCAUCUAUAGUUGACAACCUCCAGUUGUUAUACUUUUGACAAUUAAAAAAAGAUAAAGACCCAGGGGGCAAAGACAAACAAGGCUGUGCAACUUGAUGUUUUGGUGCUGAAUCUUUGCAACAGAAAACUCAGCUGAGUUAGCCACCUGUUUUGCUGAGCUGAAUGACAUGAUCGCAGGCCAAAGAAUUCCACCAUUGUUUGACACUCGAACAUGGCCUGAAAAUCAGAUCAGUUCCAAAGGGACGUUUCUGCUAUUGUGUCUCCAGAAUUAUUGUGGACACCAGAGGAUCAUUAAUUGUGAUUCUGACGUGAUUCUGCUUUAUGGAUGCGUAUUCUGCUUUAAAUUUUAGGUUUCUGACAUCUAUGCGUCUGUUCCGGGGCCUAGCGUGUUCCAGACGCAAUAAUUUUCACAUAAAAUGCGUGCUGCAGCAACACUCUGCCACAUUAUCAGCAGUAUACGCAGACAAUUCAUCAGCACGAGAAUGACUUGCUUGGCGAUCUCCAGGUCUGUGACUCUGAUGCAUUAGUAAAGUUAAGUGAAGGGCCAGUGCCUGGGUAACCUGCCAGACCCCGCAGAUCCGGUCUGCCAUUGACUACCUCCAAAACACCCCCUCUUCUUCUUUACCUGAGAUCGCAGUGCUUCCAGCCCACACUCUUAAACCCUCCACAUUCAAUGGUGCUUUUUCCCCUCAGUGGAGGACUGUUUGUUCCACUGCCCUUUUUCUGUUCAUCUUUUGAGUGGGCGGCUCUUCUAGCCCCAUGGUGCUAUAAGACCUUAACGCAUUCUGGGUAUGCAAUCAAAGCAACUGACAGAAAACCAAGAACACUUCAGCUCUGUUCCAAAUCCUAGCCACCUCCCUACCUAGAUCAGCUUUUUAAGACAUCAUAGGUGUUUCUGUUGUGUUACAGAACGUGAGCUAUUUUAAUGACACUAGAAUCAGCGUAAAACAUAUAAAAAUACUGUUUAACCUAGUAGUCAUGUACUGUGCCUUUUUUAAGCUUGCUGGACUAUUACAUUACUAGCUUAGCAACAUGCUAACAUUAAUCUCUGUCAGAACCAAUUCAAAGUCUAUUUCGCUGGGCACUUUAUGAUUGCUACUUAUGUGUAAUGUGUUGUUGUCUACGCAGACCAUACUAGAUCAGUCAGUUAAAAGGUUCUAUUUUCAUUACAAUGCUAUUUUAGGCCUGAAACAAUACUCUACAAUAGUCACAUACACUCACUGGCCACUUUAUUAGGUAUUACUAGUACUGGGUUGGACCCCCUUUUGCCUUCAAAACUGCCCAUAUCCUUUGUGGCAUAAAUUCAACUAGGAACUAGAAAUAUUCCUUAGAGAUUUUGUUCCAUAUUUACAUGAUAGCAUCACGCAGUUUCUGCAGAUUUGUCGGCUGCACGUCCAUGAUGCGAAUCUCCCGUUUCACCAUAUCCCAAAGUUGCUCCAUUUCAUUGAGCUCUGGUGACUGUGGAGGCCAUUUGAGUACAGUGAACUCAUUGUCAUGUUUAAGAAACCAGUCUGAGAUUAUUUGUGCUUUAUGACAUGACGUGUUAUCCUGCUGGAAGUAGCCAUCAGAAGAUGGGUACACUGUGGUCAUAAAGGGAUGGACAUGGUCAGCAACAAUACUCAGGUAGGCUGGGGUGUUGACACAAUGCUCAAUUGGUAUUAAUGGGCCCAAAGUGUGCCAAGAAAACAUCCCCCACACCAUUGCACCACCACCAACCUAAACCUAUUGAUACAAGGCAGGAUGGAUCCAUGCUUUCAUGUUGAUGCCAAAUUCUGACCCUACCAUGUCGCAGCAGAAAUUGAGACUCAUCAGACCAGGCAAUGUUUUCCAAUCUUCUAUUGUCCAAUUUUGGUGAGCCUGUGUGAAUUGUAGCCUCAGUUUCCUGUUCUUAGCUGACAGGAGUGGCACCUGGUGUGGUCCUCUGCUGCUGUAGUUUGAACUGCAGCAGAUCAUCUUGACCAUGUCUACAAGCCUAAUGCAUUGAGUUGCUGCCAUGUGAUUGGCAGAUUAGAAAUUAGUUGGACAGGUGUACCCAAUAAAGUGGCCGGUCAGUGUAAAUGCCAGUAAUGGCUAAGCUCAAUUUUACAAGUUUCGUUACAAAAUGUAUCAAAACGCAUUGCAUUCUUAGCAUUAUCGCAAAACCUCUUACAGUUGUGUAAAAUCCUGUGGAGUUUCAAUACACAUUAAGUAUGUCCAGCAAGACAGCAAGUGCGUAAACUUGCAUAAGCCAUGUUUCUUGACAUAUAAUGCAGCCAACUAUGUAAGCCAUAGACAGAAAAGCAAAUUGCUAUGUUUUGGAACAGAGCUUAUUUAAAUAUAUUUCCUUUCUGUCCUUUUACCUCACACUGGUUUAAGUGUGUAUGUAAACAUUCCACCAACUACAUACAGUACUGCAUUUUCCCACGCCAUCCAUGACUUUUUCAGGCUCUCUAAACCAAGGGAACAUCAGACGAUAGAGCAUGCCUCAAUAAUAAAUGUCACUUUUUGUAAUGGGACACAAUAGAUAACUAAAAUGUUGAGGGAUUGUGGGACAGUUUUAUGUGUUUAUUCAUUCAACCAUUCUACUUUUGCUGCUGCUACUCGUUUGUAGCCACAAACACAACAUUAAUGGGUUAUGUAUUGUUAUGAAAUGUUAAAACUGGGAUUAUUCGACAGUGAACUAUGAACAGCAGAACCGUCAUGCUGAGCAUCCUGAUAUUGUACUUUGUAAAAUCCUAAGGCUUGAAGUACAAGUUUUACUGGCUUUGGGACACGGACUCUCAAUAAGACACUCAAUGAAACUGGUACUGAUCGCUGUGAACUUGUGUCUUUGAAUGUCACAUCGUUUAACCUGUACCUAUAGAAGAGAGAUUAGCAUUUUUGUGAAUAGUUGCUUACAUUUUAUAUUCAGUAUUAUUAAUGUUGGUACACUGUUACUAAUUUUUUUUUUUUUCAUUUGUAAAUUAUAUGCUAAUUUAUUGCCAUGUGUCACUUGUCUUAUGUAUGUUUCACUGCAUGCGAACUGAAAUCUAGUAUAGUGAAAACGAUGCAGUGGAAUGACACCCCUCACAAUCUUGUUUUAGUCUUGGUAAAAUGUGAGUUUGAAUGUGUGUUCUUUGCUACUAGAGCAUUUUUAAAUCUAUGUCAGAAUGCUUCUGUGUGAGUCUGUGCGUUUGAGUGUAUGUUGGUAUGGUAUUACUGCACUGUUUCUUGAGGGCCAGUGCUCACAAAAAUAAUAAUGAAUAAUGGUGUCAAAGGGUAAGAAAAAAAUAUCUCCAUAGUAACUUUAACAUUCUCAGUCCUUUGGCUUGUACCCUUGGUGAAUCCUACAGUAUGUAAUGGAUCCUGAAUAAAAUGACUAUAAAAGGGUUGUGUUUGCUUAGAUUUUCUUUGUCUGUGGUCUCCCGCAAAAGGCUUAAGUACAGUACACUAAAUGAGUUUACUGUCGGAGAAUAACAGGCUAAUUCAUUAAAUGGAUCCCAAAAGGAAAACAUUGUCAUUUACUAGUCUUUUUUUCCUGCUGAGAAGAUAUUCAAAAUAAAGGCAUGUUAUAGGUACUUG